UCAGACAGGUGGAGGAGACGUCGCUCCGCGGCUGAGGAGCACCGUAUUUAGACUCGAAUCGGUGCGGAACCGGGCCGGCGGGCGGUGUUUUGCGUCCGGCCGCAGCUGCUGGAUGAUCGGAACCAUGCUCCGGCUCGGUUCUCAUCCAUAAGCAUCGCGCACAUGCCGGAGCGUGGACCGUGGGAGGAGGCGGCAUGUAGUGGCGAUGGAUUAAAGACGGAGGACUUCACAUGUUUGCUUUCAGACAUUAGCGCUGUCUAGUCAUGGAGAACCAGGGCUGCACCGAGCCGCACACUUACGAAGACGUGCAGAAAAGCGGCUACCUCCGCAAGCAUAAAUCCAUGCACCGGCGCUUCUUCGUGCUGAGGGCGGCCUCCGAGCACGGUCCUGCCCGCUUGGAGUAUUACGAGAACGAGAAGAAAUUCCGCAGCAAAUCCCCCGUGGCCAAGAAAGUGCUCAACCUGGAGACGUGCUUCAACAUCAACAAGCGGGCCGACUCCAAAAACAAGCACCUGGUCGUGCUGUACACCCGCAGCGAGAGCUUCGCCAUCGCCGCGGACAGCGAGGAGGUCCAGAACGAGUGGUACCAGGCGAUGCUGGACCUCCAGUGCAACUGUAAAACUCCUGAAGACUACGGCAGCAGUGGAGAGUGUAGCUCCCCUUCUCCAAUUCCUACUUUCAAAGAAGUGUGGCAGGUCAAAGUUUGGCCUAAAGGUCUUGGACAUGCCAGGAACUUAGUGGGCAUCUACCGUCUGUGCCUAACUGACAACACCGUCAACUUUGUCAAGCUGAACUCGGACAUUGCUGCUGUGGUGCUUCAGCUCAUGAACGUCCGUAGGUGUGGCCAUUCAGAGAACUUUUUCUUCAUUGAGGUGGGACGUUCCGCCAUAACCGGGCCAGGAGAAUUCUGGAUGCAGGUUGAUGACUCUGUGGUGGCUCAGAACAUGCAUGAGACCUUGCUGGAGGCCAUGAAAGCUCUCAGCGAGGAGUUUCGGCAACGCAGUAAGUCUCAAUCUGUGGGCACUUCCUGUGGUGGAGGCACCGUGUCAAACCCCAUUAGUGUUCCCAGCCGCCGACAUCAUCCCAAUCUGCCACCAAGUCAGGUGGGCUUCACCAGGCGAGCCCGCACUGAGACGCCCGGCGGCAGCAGCACCAGCACCUCGCCAACAUCACGUCACGGCUUCCCACGGGCACGAACGGCAAGCAUCGGGGCCAGGUCAGAGGAGAGUGGAGUGAGUACCAGAUCAACAUGGGCCAGCUCGAGCCCAAGUCUUAACGGAUCCUGCUCAACUACUCCAACCCUUAGACCCAAGCCCACCAGAGCUCCCACCCCUGCAAAGAUUACCCUCAGUCUUGCUCGCUACACACCUAACCCCGCUCCCUCACCUGCUCCAAGCCUUUCCUCCAGCUCUGGUCACGGCUCUGAGUGUGGCCUAGUAGGGGCAGCUGUGGGAGGCAUGACAGUGUGCUCCUACACUCGUGUAUCUCAGAGAGUUUCUGUUUCGGGUUCACCAAGCGACUAUGGCUCCUCAGAUGAAUAUGGCUCCAGUCCUGGUGAGCACUCCUUACUCAUGCCCAGUAUGGCUGCCCAUCAUGUGCACGGAGAAGGUUCCUCCAGCUAUAUAGUCAUGGGUCAGCGAGAGGGCCUUCUUGGUUCCCAUCAUCGCUCCAAAGGCAGACAGAUUCUUCGACGUUCAUCCAGUCGGGAUUCUGAGGCAGAACGACGACUGCUAAGUAAGAGGGCUUCCCUGCCUUUGGCUGCCCAUGAAAGGCUCGUCCCGCAUCGGAAAGAUGACGACGAGGAUGAUGAAGAAUAUGCCAUCAUGUCACAUUGUGCUAACAGAGAAGGUCCUGGCGGUGUGGCGUUGGGGCGUGGACGGCGAGAUGCAGUAGGGGAGAACAGAAAGAGAUUUGAAAAAAGGAAGGAAGUUGAAGCAGGAGCUCCAGUGGAUAGCGGCUACAUGUCAAUGCUGCCUGGAGUCACAUCUCCAGCAGCAGAUGACGAGUACAUGGCCAUGACACCCAACAACAGUGUUUCCCCGCCUCAGCAUAUGCGGCAGCCCAGCACAGAGGGAUACAUGGUCAUGUCCCCCAAUAGUAGCGUCUCUGCAGAGUUGGGCAUGUGGGAUACCAGCAUGGGCAUGGAGAGCCGGGUCGCCAGCGACUACAUGAACGUCUCACCCAUCAGUAGACGAUCUGCUUGUAGCACACCAACCUCCCAUCCUGAACCGUACCAACUUCAACCAAAAAUGUUCAAUUCGUACUUCUCUCUGCCUAGAGCUUAUCAACAUACCCUAUAUAGUCGUUUUGAGGAGGAUUUAAACAAAGGGGAGAACAAAAAGGGCAGUGAUGAUUGUGCUGUAGGGGGUAGUGCAGCAGGGUUCAGCAAAAGAAACAAAACAGGAGUGGGGUCGUGUGGAGGCUUCCAACUCUCCAUGUCUUCCUCGUCUUUCUCCUCAAGCUCGGCCAGCAGUGAAAGCCUGGAGGACAAGACAAUAUCAGCAGGGAAAGGGUUAAGUUUGUACAAGAGUGCAGGAACAUGCACUAAAGAAGGCCGCCACCAACAAAAACGGGGAUCAAGCUGCAAGAGCCCAAAGCAACAAAGAAAAGGCCGCCCCCUCAGUGUGUCUUCAGAAAUUAGUAAAGCAAACACCCUCCCUAGGGUCAAGGAGAAUCUGCCCCCAAUGGCAAUUCAGAACGUCGGUGACUAUGUGAGUAUUGUGUUCAAGGGGGACAAAAAGUAUGAUGGUGGAAGACAUGCCGGGUCCGAAAGAGCGCAGCCUGUAAUUCACGGAACCCUACGCCCUUUGAACCAGCCCCUCCUUGACCCCAACAAUGUCGCUAACCUGCCUCGCAGCUUUUCUGCACCGUUGUCCACCUCUGCUGAGUACGUGAGCAUGGAUGUCGGGAAGUCAUCCACAUCCCUUAGGUCAACAUUCAGCCCCUCACUGCAGGGCCCACAAACUGUACCACUAAAGGGUCGACUAGAACAUGGCACAUCAUCUCCUCUGGCAGCUGAAGGAAACAUUGCCUAUCGAUCAAAAACAAAGACUGUAGCAGACACCCAUAGUUCAUUCACAGAAAAAGCUUCAGAUCCUAGCAUUUCAACAAUACCUGACACCCACUCUGGUACACUUGUGUCCAUGGAGGACGACACAGGGUUGGGCUUUUCUCCGGUCAAGUCCUUCCAGUCCCCCGAGCAAAGCAGCAGACUUGUCCGAACUGAGAACCAGUGUCGACGCGUUCACCGCCCAGAGACCUUUAACUCCCCUCCAUCUGUAUCGAGCCACCCACCCUCCACUACCACAGUCUUCGCAGAAGGCGGCCAGGCGGUGGUCCCCCGGCAUGCUUUGGAUUGCUCUCCUUGGGAAACCGGUCAGGGGUCUAGUUUGUCUGCCACGCCACCUCUGCAAGCCUCUGCUGAACAAGGCCUUAACUAUAUUGACCUCGACUUGGCCAUUAAAGAUAACCCUCCACCUGGAGGGGAGCGUUCCUCUGCAGGCUACUACAUCGGAGCAAGUGCUGUGGGUAGCAGUGCCGGCUCCAGCCUCAACAUGUAUGCCAGUAUUGACUUCUACAAGUCAGAAGAACUGAGAGCACACCAGAGUGGAAGAAAGGAUGAUCAAGAUUGUUGAUUUGUGCUCAAAUCUUCGUUGGACGGGUCUACGCUCAGCAGCCCAACUGUUGCCACAACACAACCGAGUCCCAACACUGGAUUCCUGGGAAACCUCAUCCUCAUCUUGUUUGCCAUUUUCUCUUUGCCAAACAUGUGCCAAACACACACUCACACACACGCAAACACACACGGUAGGAAAAACGCCGAUUUAUGCCUCAUUUGAAAUGAAACUGAGGUCCGAUCAGAUAACUAGAGGUGAAAAGAUGGCGUGUGUUACAGUACAACAAUCUGACAAUCAAGUAAAGCCAUAAAGUCAGUAAAGUGUCACACUUUUGCUUCAGUUGUGACAUAUCUUUUCCCAAAUUGAUACCAUUAUGAUCGGCAGCUAAGCAAAUGUGACAACUCAGUAAUGACACGUGUCCAUUUGGUGUAUGGAGUCCUAAUGUAAGACGUUGUUUUUGUCAACAUCAUCCAUCCAUUUCCUGUAUUAUUAAUCAAAAGACUGAUACAAAACACUUAAGACAAUUAUGCUGCCUGAUGAUUUUUAAAUGUUUUUCAUGCACCACUUUGGCUGUGACAUAAUGAACAACGACAACUUUAUUUGACUUUCGAGGUACAGUUCGACUUGCAAUUUGAGCCGUUACUAUGUUUUUCUGCACAACUUAACGAGGUUUAUAAAAUAGAGGAUUUAACGUUUACACUGAUUUCUUCUUGUUUUGCAUUCAAGCCGUAUUCCUUUGCUCUUUUUUUAUACUCCAUGUAUUUAUGUAUUCAUCCUGGUAGCCAAGACUGCAUACCAAUUGGCACAUUUGCAAGGCGUUCUUCUGCAGGCACUGUUUAGUCUGACCUAUUGACAUGAUACAUGUCACACAUCAUAAAAAGAUUACAAUUACAAUAAAAUGUGUAUAAAAUAAAACAAAAUGAGUUUGAUAAAAAAAAAAA